CCACUGCUGCUCCGAUUGUCACUCCGACUGCUGCUCCGACCACGACUCCGACCGCCGCUCCGACGACUACUCCGAUUUACAACAGCUGACAGAUCAAGUUGCUGAAUCCUCAUAGUAAGCUUGGUCUUCAUAUGAAUCCAUUCAAUUUAUGUUGUAAUGGAGUCAAGAUCUAGAAAUUUGGCGCUUGAAGCCGAAACAAGAGGAGUGGGCAAUGUGUCGUUCUGAUCUUGAUGAAGUUUGGGCUGAAAUUGGCGCUAAGAACUAUCACAAAUCACUGGAUCAUCGCAGCUUUUAUUUCAAGCAGCAGGACACAAAAAGCUUGAGCACUAAAGCUAUUCAGCUCUCUCUUCAAACCAUCAGCCGCCAUCGCCUCCCAGCCACCGCCGCCUGCCAUUGCUCUGUCCAACUACCGGCGUACCAGCACCAGCCAUUGACGAGAUCCCAACGACCAGCAUCUUCGGCUGCCGCUGAACGACCAGCACUUACUUGAAAUUACUGCUUCUUGGAGAAGGAGCCGAAGGAAAGUUAUUACUGAACAAAGGACUGCGAGUUCAAGAUGUUCAAAAUGAAGGAGGAGAUGAAGAAAGUGAUGAAGAAAUUGAUCUUGAGAAAUUUUUUGAAUUAUUGAUAGAUAUUUUAGUAUCGAUCUUUUUGAUAUUGAUUGUGAAACUUAUCGCCACUCGAACUUGAUACUUUAUGGGAAAACUAAUGACCGUUUGAAAGUAACAUUUUGCUUUUGGAUUUAGAUUAUUAGUUUGUUGGAUAUUUUAAUUUGAAUUAUUAAUGAAAGAUUUUGUUGUGAUGUGUA